CCAAAAAUUCACUUCAACCAUUCUCAGACACCGUACCAUCUAAAUCUAUCCACGCACACCAAUCUCCUCUAAUCUCUAUGUUCUCUUUUCUUCUUUUGCUUUCUGCAAUGGAAGACGAGCCUUUUCUCACAACAACAACGACAACAACACUCACUUCCCAACGGGCGGAUUUCCACUUGCAAUCUUCCAAGUCCUUCGACGACGUCACAGCGCCACGCGCCGCCCGUAACGCCGAGAUUCAAGAGCACCUCUCCCGUCCCUCUCCCUUUCACUCCAAGAAGAAAAAGCUCAGUCGUUGCAAGACAGCACCCGCCCUGGUUAGCAUGCGAGACCUCAAACCUAAGACGCCCGAAGUCCCCAAGCCUCAGUCCAGUUCCAUAAUCCGCCAAGGCAUGUGCUUACUCGCCAUGUACCUCUGUGUGGGAGUCGCCAUUUACUCUUUCAACAGGGACAAUUUCUCCGGCAUCGAGACCCACCCCUUGGUCGAUGCCCUUUACUUUUGUAUAGUUACCAUGUGUACCAUAGGAUACGGAGACAUCGCUCCCUUGACCCCGCUUACAAAGGUUUUCGCUUGUGUCUUUGUGCUGGUGGGGUUCGGCUUUAUAGAUAUACUCCUCAGUGGCCUUGUCAACUUUGUUUUGGAUGUGCAAGAGAACAUGAUCCUCACGGGGCUCCAAAUGGGUGCAACUGGGAGGGAGGGCUUUUCUGCCCGGAACUACAUCGUUGAUGUGGUGAAGGGGAGGAUGAGGAUCAGGUUGAAGGUUGGUUUGGCGCUUGGGGUUGUUGUGCUUUGUAUUGGGAUUGGGUGUUUGGUGUUGUACUUUGUGGAGGGCUUGGAUUUGGUUGAUUCUAUUUACUUGUCAGUUAUGUCUGUCACAACGGUUGGGUAUGGUGACAGGGCGUUUAAGACACUUCCCGGUCGGUUAUUUGCUGCUAUUUGGUUGCUCUUUUCAACUUUGAUGGUGGCACGGGCUUUCCUCUAUUUGGCAGAGGCCAGAAUUAAUAGAAGGCAUCGCAGAAUGGCCAACAAGGUGUUGCAGAGAGAAAUUACUGUUGAGGAUUUGCUUGCUGCCGAUAUCAACCACACCGGUUUCAUCAGCAAGUCUGAGUAUGUAAUCUUCAAGCUGAAAGAGAUGGGUAAAAUACAGGAAAAAGAUGUGUUGCAAAUUUGUGACCAAUUCAGGAAGCUUGACCCCUCCGACUGUGGGAAGAUAACACUGCCUCAUCUCUUAGGGGGCACUUUAUGACAGAACCUUGCAAGGGAUAAAGCACCAUUUUUGCACAAGGAAAAACAGGGGAAGACCAUCCACGCUGAAAAAGUUCAAUGUUGAUAAAGCCUUUUCCUUAUGGGUGAUAGUGAUUGAAUUAUUUGGAGCACUAGAAAUUACAUCGAAUAUAGAGGUAGAUGCAGUGCCUGGAUCAAUUCUGUGUCCUAAAUUCACACAUCUCUAACAUGAAAUUAAAAUCAAUUAUGAAAGAAUUGAAUUUUGUCCUAAACAAGUAAGUAAAUUAUAAGAAAGAAAAGAAAGAAAGGAGUCAGCCAUUGUAAAGUCAUUCAACCUGUUACAGGUAUGAAAAUGCAUUAUCACAAGUGUUACUGGUUUUGUAAUAUAAAAGUAUCAAUUUGGAUAUCUAGAUGAAAAAACACUACUAAAAAGUACUCGUAAUGUAAUGUUAUACUAUACUAAAGUUCUCUUGUUUUAAA